CUCUUUUCCCAUGGGCAUCCGCAGCCCCUAACAGCACUGCAACUGUAAAUCCUCAAUAAUUGCUUGCUGAUCGGUGGGAAUAAUUUUCCCAGUAUAAGCCUUGCCUAACUCGGUCAUUUCAGGCACUGGAAAGGCCAAUGGCCAACGUGGCAUCGUCAUAAAGUGAAAUUUCUGCCUCCUAAGUCCACCGCUUCCUUGUGUAGCACUUUCCUCAAGCCCCACCCAGCCUCAGUUUCCUCUCCUGUAAUAAGAGCGUCAACUAUGGGAUUGGUAGAUAUCUUCCACAUCAGCAAAUUCCAGGAGUCUAUCACAUUGGGCAAACCCAAAUUCGAAAGGUCAGGACAAGCUAUUUGGAAUGGAUGGUAAGGGGCGAGUUCUAAUUCGAUUCUACAUUUCACAUCAGAGAGCCUCGGGUGACUUUCAAUUACCUUCCUGGGAGGGACAGUGGAGAAGGAACACUAUCGGGGCUCCAGGUCAGUGCUGGGGACAGUGGCUGGGAGGAAGUGGGCGUGGCGAUUUUCCCGACUUCCUUGUUUGGAGUAAACUUCGGCAACAUCUGAUGGCUAAGGGGUUUGCUUUUCCAUCUGUUGAUGUGUUUUCUGGAAGCUCCCCGGUCUGCCAGAGAAAACAUAUCCAGAAGACGCACGACGCCAAUCCAGCCAUUCCCUUGGGUCCCCAAAUCCCCCCAGCCACCAGAGACGGAAGGAGAAGCUGAAGUGGAAAACAGACGUGCCUGGGGCGCGCGGACCCCGCGGCUGGCAGAAAGUAGCGUGGCCAGGCAGGGACCUCCGCGCCCACCCGUCAGCCCCGUCCACGCGCUCGGGCGCGCGUCCUCCCUUCCUGACACUCCUCUUGCCGCCUCUGGAGCUUGGAGAUGGGACAGUCGCGACGGCUCCUGCCUCCGCCGAGCUCCUAGCCCUUUAGCUGUUGACGUUGGGUCCCCGCGCUUGUCUCCAGGCGCUCAGCUGCCAGCGCGCGGCGGGGCUGAGGGUGACAGCGCGGCGCGGCCGGGGCAGGAUUCGCCGCCGAGCCCCGGGCUGCUCAGUCCGCCGUGGUGGAGGAGGGGACCGCGGACGCCGCUGGUUGAGCUGCGAGGUCCCUGUCCGGCCGGCCGAGCCAUGACGGACGCCAGCAACAGGAAGGAGGGCUUCAAAAAAUGCCGGAGCGCCACUUUCAGCAUCGAUGGCUACAGCUUCACCAUCGUUGCAAAUGAAGCUGGAGACAAGAAUGCCAGAUCACUGGCCCGCUUCUCUCGGUCUAAGUCACAGAAUUGUCUGUGGAACUCCCUCAUCGACGGGCUCACAGGGAAUGUCAAGGAGAAGCCACGGCCAACAAUUGUCCAUGACCCUCGACCCCCAGAAGAAAUCCUAGCUGAUGAAUUGCCACAGCUGGAUAGCCCGGAAGUCUUGGUGAAGACGUCCUUCAGAUUACGGUCUUUGGUCAAACAAUUAGAGAGAGGGGAAGCUUCAGUGGUAGAUCUUAAGAAGAAUUUGGAAUAUGCAGCCACAGUGCUUGAAUCUGUGUAUAUUGAUGAAACAAGGAGACUCCUGGAUACAGAGGAUGAGCUCAGUGACAUUCAGUCAGAUGCUGUGCCUUCUGAGGUCCGAGACUGGCUGGCCUCCACCUUCACACGGCAGAUGGGGAUGAUGCUCAGGAGGAGCGAGGAGAAGCCCCGGUUCAAGAGCAUUGUUCACGCGGUGCAGGCUGGGAUAUUUGUGGAGAGAAUGUAUAGACGGACAUCAAACAUGGUUGGACUGAGCUAUCCACCAGCUGUUAUUGAGGCAUUAAAGGAUGUGGACAAGUGGUCCUUUGAUGUCUUUUCCCUGAAUGAGGCCAGUGGAGAUCAUGCACUGAAAUUUAUUUUCUAUGAACUACUCACACGCUAUGAUCUGAUCAGCCGUUUCAAGAUCCCCAUUUCUGCACUUGUCUCAUUUGUGGAGGCCCUGGAAGUGGGAUACAGCAAGCACAAAAAUCCUUACCAUAACUUAAUGCACGCUGCUGAUGUUACACAGACAGUGCAUUACCUCCUCUAUAAGACAGGAGUGGCGAACUGGCUGACGGAGCUGGAGAUCUUUGCUAUAAUCUUCUCAGCUGCCAUCCAUGACUACGAGCAUACCGGAACCACCAACAAUUUCCACAUUCAGACUCGGUCUGAUCCAGCUAUUCUGUACAAUGACAGAUCUGUACUGGAGAAUCACCAUUUAAGUGCAGCUUAUCGCCUUCUGCAAGAUGACGAGGAAAUGAAUAUUUUGGUUAACCUCUCAAAGGAUGACUGGAGGGAGUUUCGAACCUUGGUAAUUGAAAUGGUGAUGGCCACGGAUAUGUCUUGUCACUUCCAACAAAUCAAAGCAAUGAAGACUGCUCUGCAGCAGCCAGAAGCCAUUGAAAAGCCAAAAGCCUUAUCCCUUAUGCUGCAUACAGCAGAUAUUAGCCAUCCAGCAAAAGCGUGGGACCUCCAUCAUCGCUGGACAAUGUCACUCCUGGAGGAGUUCUUCAGACAGGGUGACAGAGAAGCAGAACUGGGGCUGCCUUUUUCUCCUCUGUGUGACCGAAAGUCCACUAUGGUUGCUCAGUCACAAGUAGGUUUCAUUGAUUUCAUCGUGGAACCCACCUUCACUGUGCUUACGGACAUGACCGAGAAGAUUGUGAGUCCAUUAAUUGAUGAAACCUCUCAAACUGGUGGGACAGGACAGAGGCGUUCAAGUUUGAAUAGCAUCAGCUCAUCAGAUGCCAAGCGAUCAGGUGUCAAGAGCUCUGGUUCGGAGGGAAGUGCCCCAAUCAACAGUUCUGUCAUUCCCAUUGACUAUAAGAGCUUUAAAGCUACUUGGACCGAGGUGGUGCACAUCAAUCGGGAGAGAUGGAGGGCCAAGGUACCCAAAGAGGAGAAGGCCAAGAAGGAAGCAGAGGAAAAGGCUCGCCUGGCCGCAGAGGAGCAGCAAAAGGAAAUGGAAGCGAGAAGCCAGGCUGAAGAAGGCGCAUCUGGCAAAUCUGAGAAAAAGACGUCUGGAGAAGCUGAGAAUCAAGUCAGUGGAACACGGAUGAACAAAAGUGACAUCCCUCGUGGGAAAAAUUCCAAAGCUGAGAAGUCGUUAGAACAGCAACAGAAUGGUGACUUGAAAGAUGGUAAAAAUAAGACAGACAAGAAGGAUCACUCUAACAUCGGAAAUGAUUCAAAGAAAACAGAUGGCAUAAAACGGCGUUCUCACAGCUCACCAGCCCCAAGCACCAGCUCCACGAGUCGCCUUACAUUGCCAGUCAUCAAGCCUCCUUUGCGUCAUUUUAAACGCCCUGCUUAUGCAUCUAGCUCCUAUGCACCUUCAGUCACAAAGAAAACUGAUGAACAUCCUGCAAGAUAUAAGAUGCUGGAUCAGAGGAUCAAAAUGAAAAAGAUUCAGAACAUCUCACAUAACUGGAACAGAAAAUAGGCCGAGGGGAAGAAGAGAGGGAGUGAAGGAGGGUCUACCUAUCUGCUUCUCAGCACCCACUGGCCACAGCAGGACACACCUCCAAGACCUUGGAGGCUGUUGGGGCAGGUACUAUCCUGGUUAACUCUACCAAGGUGAAAUGAAAGUUGUAUGUGAUUUUCUUCUUUGUUGUUCUUGUAUAGACUCAUCAGUUGCUGGAUGUGGGAUCAGCCCAGACUCUAGCAACAAACUAGCAAGAGGGGUGUGUUUAUGGUAUAGGUCUCUAAAAGUAUAAAUUGGACCAAAAUUAAAAUGAUACGAACUUAAAAAAUAAAAUAAAAUUCCUCUCAUUGCCACUUUUUUUCAUCUCUAAAAGUUACUUGCCCCCAAAAGAAUAUUGGUUUAAUAAUCACCAUAUUUAAGAAAUGCACUGCUAAAAACUUAUUUUCCAAUUUUAAAUACACCUAUUUAAAAUGUAAAUACACUUAUUUAAAAUUCAAGUAAAUAUGAAACUAUCAAAGUAAAUGUAUUCAAAACAGAAGCUGUGCUUCUGAAUGUAAAAA